AUGCAGUUCCACCACGUACCACGCCGCUCCCUUGCCUUCGUCGAAUUUGCUCGCGGUCCGCUCAAUACGGCCUUUCCGCAUGGUAUGCACGCCGCCAAAGCAGUAACGUCGUCAUUCUUCGGAUUGCGUCCACAAGAUCGUCCACUGGUUGUAAUCAUCGUCUCAGUGGGACGUAAGGAGCUUUCCUCUUGGGAUGGAGCAGAGGGUAACGACAGCAGUUGGGACAUCCAGAUGACAAGAUGUGGCGACGACUUCGGGCAGCUGUUCGUUUAUGCGAAUUAUCCUGAAGCGAUGCUAAUUGGCUGCUCCUCGUCCUCCCCGAUCCCACUCGACGCCGCCGCGACGGCCGCCCCGACACCUGUCGCGUCGGGACGGCUUUGA